GCCUCCCCCACCCACACCCACCCACCCAUCCCUGCUCGCCGUCACCGCCAAUGGCAGCAGCCGCGCCGCCAGCCGCCACGAGCCCAGAAGCCACCGCCAAUCUACUGCCUGUAGCCACCUCCAAGCCACACCGACGACCACGAUCUCGAGAGACCCCUCCCCUACCUCCCUCACUCUCCAUCCCCAACGACGGAGAGUCGAUCUCCACGCCAGAAGUCGAUAUCCAGUACCGCAACACUCCAUGCCGAGCUUCGUCGCCGCCGCCUCCAGGGAAGGCUUGCCGCGUCCAUGCCGCCCACCUCGCCGCAUGGAGGUGGACCAUGCGACAUGGCCCAGGCCCAGGCCCAGGCCCAAUACGACAAGGACCAGGCCCAAUACGACGAGGCCCAAAUCCCGCCUGGAGCCUUACGCGUGAUAGCCCAACUCAACUUUAAAACGCAAGCAUGCGCGGGCAUAUAUAGCCCCGCCUCCUCCUCUUCUUCUAUUCUUCUGCUCGUUCUCCGAUCAUCCGAUGCCCUGGUCUCCUCUGGAGGAAAAGAGGAAUCAAGAAAUGGAUAAAAAAGAAUGUGCAAAUGUUCUGGUGAAUCGAGUUAGGAAGGUUGAGCCAUCGAUGGCCGUAGAUAUUGUUGACCACUUCGUCAGCACGAAUGAACUUCCAAGGGUCAGGUUGUAUUCAUCUGGUUCAGAUGAGCAAAUACACUCCCUGAUCGCUGAAACGAAGAAGCGAAUGAACGUUAUGUCCAAGGCACACUCACCAGGGCGUGAGUUUCCAGCCCUCUCUCGGACUUCAGAUGGGAUUCAGUCUCCAACUCCAGGGGGUGAUCACAUUGUAUCUUCCAAGAUCGAGGCACAUUCAACUCCUCCAGCUGGUCAAAUUGUUUCUUCUCAGAUCGAGGAAAAUUUGCGAUCUUCAAGCGUCCCAGGUGAUGGUAUGCCAGGGUGCUCAAAUGUUACUGGAUGUCCUGCCAGUAGAUCAGAGCAGUUGGCCAAUAUUCCUUGCCGCUUCUACAUGUCUACUGGCGUUUGCAAGAAGGGCUGGUCUUGCAGGUUCUCUCAUGGAUUUGGGCCAUUAGGGAUGUUAGAGAUGGCAAUCAGAGAACUGCUGAUGAACCGACCUCUAACUCGGGUAGCUGAUUUGCCAGUUUACUUAGCGUGCUACAAGCAGCCUCUGCAAGGGUGGUGGAAUCAGAGUACUGGUAGCAUAAUAAGUUUGCUCGCGCGCCUUCACACGGUUACUCUGAUUGUUGACAGGAUGGGACAAAAUUUCAUAGUCCUGUUGGAACAUGCUCCUUCCUACCUAGGUCCUGCUGUUAAUUUGAAUGUGAUGGAUACUGGCAGCGGCUUUAACAAGAUUUACAUCACCUUCACUGCUGAAGGCAGAGCCAGAUGCACCGAAAGUCUUGUUUCAAACUAUUUCAGCCAGUAUGGGCCUGUCUUGAAAGUGAGAAUGCCCACUCCACGAUUGUGCGGUUUUGUGACAUUCCAGUACCCUCAGACAGUGGAGCUGCUCUUGUUUGAAUGGAAUCCUCAGGUGCCUCAUUUCAUCUGUGGAGCUACAGUUCUUGUCAAGCCCUAUAAGCAUUCAGGAGAAACCAAACCGGGGAACAUCAAUAUUGCUGAGAGAAAUGGGCUGCAACGUGGGUGUGAUGUAGGAAUUGUUACUGGGAACAGCAGUGUUAUGAUUGCACCACAAAUGGUUCCGCCACUAGCACAAAACCCAGGUUCUCAGGCUGAGAGGGAAGUAAACACUCCAGAAGGUGGGGAUGUGACAAGACCAGCACAUAUGUCAGAUGGCUCGGAUGGACACUUAGCACGUCAAGACAUGAACACCAAUGUUACUGAGAAAAAUGAGCUGCAUAGUUGGUGUGACGUAGGAAUUGCUACUGAGAACAGCAAUGUUACGAUUGCACCACAAAUGGCUCCACCUAUAGCACAAAACCCAGGUUCUAACUCUGAGAUAGAAGUAAAGACUCCAGAAGGUGGGGAUGUGACAAGACCAGCACAUAUGUCAGAUGGCCCGGAUGGACAAUCAACACGUCGAGAUAUGGAUGAUGACAUAUACCAUGUGAGCUAUUCUAGUCUUCCAGGUAUCGACUGUUUCUACGAACAACCUGAGCCGUCAGCGGAGCAAGCACAGGUGCUGGAACAGCAGUUUCCUGCAGAUGCUAUCGACGAAUAGAUGCAUAUACCCUGAAAGCUGAGAUACAGUAAACUCAGAAAGCUGAGAUACAGCAAACUUCAGUACAGUAACUGACCUUGUAUAGUAGACGGGAAGCACUUUUAUGGUUUACUGUGAUCCACCUUGUAAUUCUAGUCUGCAGAGAAGUUUCGUGCAUGCAUAUGGCAGAGAGCAUACGCGGCUCCUUCUGAGAGAAUAAUACUAGAAGCUAUCUUACCUGAGCUAUCCAUUUGUUCGAUUCUGUUAUUCUUAGUUUCUUGGGGUUUGCUUACCUAUUGAGUACAAUGUUUCUUUGAGAUAGAACUCGUCAUUAUUCUGGUGGUUGUAACUAGUGCUGAGACCUGUGAAUUAAGUACAGGGCUAUUUGCUCUGGCGAGAGCGUACACUUUGAAUUGUCUAAGAUUAAAUGCCAGGAAUUUUCGCA